AUGUCCGCAAAGGCUAAAGUUGGUUCUUGGUUGAACACCGCAUCUUCUGAUCUUGCAGAACCUUACGAGUCAUCCGAUGCUGAAUCCUCUACCUCCGUUCUGACUCGGAAUGAGAUAGCGGCUCAGAAUCCCAUAGAGGAUGAAGAGGAAGAUGAGGAUGUACCGGAGGCAGACGACGUAGGAAGGGAGGAGGAAGUAGAUUGGGAGUCGGUGCUUCCUCAGAUUCGAGGAGCUUUGUUGGAUAAAAGUCAGAAACGGAGGAAGACAUUCUUGUCGAGAUAUCUGUACAUCACAGCUACUUCACCACCUAUCGAGCAAACACCCCUGAUCGUGGGGAGAAUACUACAGACACUUUCAGCCCUCACAACAUGGGAUCAGUUAGACGAUGUAGUUCCUUUCCUCAUGGAGUUGAUCAAGAGAGAUGAAACGACUGGAAGUGCUCUGAAGCUUGGGGAUAAGGUAGCAAAGUCUAUCAUGGUCGGGGCUGAGAAAUGCUUGAGUUCAGCGAAGAGACGUAAACCAAAGAACUUGCUUGAUGCUUUUGAGGCUAGUAUGGACAAACUGGGCGCCACAAAGGCUGUUCGUUUAAGACAUAAAGUAGGGAUACGAAUAUGGAGGGUUUUGAGGGAGUUUAGGGACGGUCUUCCCUCUAUCCUCAAGUUACUUCUUACCAGAACCAUCACAAACCCUGUGAAACUCUCGGUACUUAUCGGCCAUAUCAUUGGAGUGGCUCUCCGAUUACGGGCGCCAAGUAAAGCUAAAGAAGUGAAGGUGAGGGAUGGAAGGGAAGCUGUUCAGCAUCAAAAGGAUGCUAACUUGACAUUUUACUCCACCCAUGUCCUUGGCGCAAAGUCGGCUUUGCACAACUAUGUUCUUGAGUUUCUACGUGAAUUUGUCACUUCGGAUGACCUGAUCACUAAACUUCUUCCCAACGCCGAGAGAAUGCUCCUACGCUCUCCUGAGAUUGCUUUGCCUCUCACAACCCACCUUGUAUCUUCUUCUCCACAUGACAUUUCUAGUAUCCUACCUGGCAAACUUACCGCCGCAGCCUUGUCAGCCUCCAAAUCCUCAAAUGUCGAGACACGAGCGAAGGCAGUGGCUUUUAUGGCGGCUCUUUGUGACCGCUGUCAGUCCCACGAGGUCCUAGCCAAAGUCACCACGGAGAUCCUCGCUUUACCCAAAAGUGGCAAAACCGCCAGUGCCGAGCAUCGUUUGUGUCUCUUCGACAUGGUCACUAUCCUUCCUCCCUCAGAUCAGACUUCGGCUAUCGUUUUCGAAACUCUCUCCCCUCUCAUCAGCAAAGAAAGUAAUGAAGCCGCUCUUCACGCUUUGUGCACUGCAAUAAUCCCUCAUCUCUCAUACUCCUUGACCUCAUCUACGACGAUCUCACCAGCGUCGACAUCGACCCUGGUCAAAGAAUUCUCCUCAAUCAAGCUGGCCUCACGUCGAGGAGUGGCACACGCCGUGGGAUCUGCUAUUUGGAAGGUACAUGAGAGAGGAGGUCAAUUCUCUUCUGAAGGAUGGAAAUUCAUUCACUCAAUCACGCCUGCGCUAGCGACUUCGUUGGCUAGUGCGACAAGCAAUCAACCGGCCGUUGUUGGAGGGUUUUUGGAAGGUUUUGUGGUCGUCGCAUUGACUCUAGGCCCGUUGGCCAAUGUGACGGAGUGCGCCCAGCUUUUCACGAGUCCACAUAUGACAAUGAUCCUUUCGACUGGCGCUAAACCCUCAUUCCUGCUGAAUGACAAGGUGCGUGCCCGGUUGCCGGCGGCCGAGGACGAAUUAUGGUUGUUGAGAAGUUUGGAAAUGGUUCCUACCACCUUGUCGGACAAGCUGAACACCCAUACCAUCCGAGUCGCGUUGGGAAACGCCUUCAUUCAUCUGGCUUUCGACUCGAAACAUUCGGAAAUUCGACGUUCAACUCUGCAAGCCAUCUGUAAACUCUCUGGGUCUCAGCCAAAAACUAUCAGCUGGCUGAUCAGAGAUGCUCUCACAGUAUGGUUCGAGGCAGAGGUGUCACAUCAGAAUCUCCCUUUUAUAGGAGAUGAUGAGGGAGGGAUCAGAUCAAAAUCUCGAGACGUCGGUCGACUCCUUCAGGCAGCCCUCCAUGAAGCUUUCACUGCCCCUCAAGUGGCGCGAGAAGAGAUUGCUAUCGACUUCUUGAUCUUAUCACAUCACCCGGGGAUCGAUGAAGACGCUCAGAUAUCCUGGAUCACUCUGGUACAGUCUCUCCGCUUGGAUCCGACUACGGUUGCCAUGGACAUGAGCGAGAAAAUCUUGAAACACAUAUGGGAGGCUGCUGCUGUACCGCCACGGGAUCCCAACAUGGCUCAAGCGGCUUACAGAGCGCUGACGACAUUAUGCUUCCUAUGUCCCAGUAUCUACGUGAAUGCCACACUCUCGCAAGUACGAAGCGACUUAGAUCCUUCCUCGUUAGACUUCAUUGGAGAGGAAGAACGUGGUAUAUGGAGUACGCCCUCUGAUCACCUAUACGUUGAUGUCUUAUCGCACAACAAAGAUCUGCCAGAGAACAAGAAUUCCAGGGAUUAUGCCACCAAAAAAUGGGAACAGGAAGUUCGCGCUUCAUUAUCCCAAAAGAAGUCCAAUGGACCCGCUUUGACAAAAGAACAGAAGGCUCUUGUGGAAACCGAACAAGCAAGAGAAGCUGAAGUUCGAGAACGGAUUCGGAUCACUCAAGCACGACUUGCACGAGGCAUACAGCUCAUUCAGAGCUUGAUCGCUUCCAAUUCUGAAGUGGUCAUGAAACACGUCGGUGAGAUGGCUCAAGCCAUGCUCAAGAGUGUAUUUGCUUCUGGCGAGUUCCUUGUUGAAGACGAAGCUUUCAAGGUCUUCAUACAGUUUGCUACCCUAGCAUCGCAAAGAUUAGGAGAGUAUCGGCGAUUGUUACUUGCAGCCAUUCUAAGAAGCUAUAACUCCCGUUCAGUCCCGGAAGACUAUCUGGACGAACCCAUCGGUGAACUCGUUACUCGACUUCUCCAUCAACUUCAAUUCGUGGCAGACCAAACCCCACUCGACAACACCUCUUUUUCUCUCGUCAGUCUUCUACUCGCUCGUGUCGUUUCUCUUGGCGGAAUCGGCACUCCCUCUGCCCAAAGUGAUGAAGCACAAGAACAGCUCACCCUCGUCGUUAACAUCAUCGCUGCGUGUUGUGGUGAAUUCGCCGAUGAUGCGUUCCCUAGAUUGGACACUAUCCAAAUGCUCAUCGAUAUCAUCGGCACUCAUUCUAGACUAGCCAAAGAUGCUUCUUCUGCGUUAGUUGAUCUAGGAGCCGCCAUCAAGGACGUUGCUACGUUGGAAGAAUCAAACCGACUCAUCGCUGGUACACUGUCAAAAGAUGCCAACGUUCGCAAUGCUGUUCUGCAGGCUUUGCAGCCUGUCGACCUCACCGACAUGGAUUAUUCACAAGAAUUGUGGAUUGCAGUACAUGAUGCGGACGAUCAAAACUCUUCUCUUGCCAGACAUUUAUGGGAAGACAAUGGUCUCGAUGUUCCAGAGACGUACCUAUCAUCUCUUCUGACAUAUCUUACGCAUGACACCAACGCCGUUCGGAUCAGCACCGCCAGUGCACUCGCCACUGCCGCUCAGCAAUUUCCAUCUCAAGUCUUACCCACGCUGGACGGACUGCAAGCUUUAUAUGCGGACAAGGCUCGAGAGCUACAGCCAGAGUUCGAUAGGUUUGGAAUGGUGAUUCCUGAAACGUUGAACCGACCAGAUCCAUUCGAAAGCCGGAUAGCCGUCGCAUUGGCAUUGGAGAAGUUGUCCCCUCUGUUCCCGGCAGACGCUGUCGUAUCGAUGUUCGAAUUCAUGAUCGCUCGUCAAGCCUUAGGUGACAGAAAUGGACAAGUCCGAAGGGCUAUGUUGGCGGCUAGCACAGCGUUGGUGGAUUUUCAUGGCGGUGAGCAUGUGGCGGACCUUAUGAAGAUGUUCGAGGGAACUCUGGGUGGGCAAAGUGGGUCUUCAGAAACUGAAGACUAUAUCAAGGAAGCUGUUGUAAUUCUAUUCGGACGCCUUGCUCGACAUCUCGAUCCUCAAGACUCGCGUAUUCCUCAAGUCGUAGACCGUCUGGUGGAAGCACUCAACACUCCCUCGGAGUUGGUACAGUCUGCUGUGGCUGACUGUUUACCUCCCUUAGUCCAAACCAUGGGAGAUGAGGCAGAAUAUUUGGUGGACAAGUUGUUCUCCACUCUGACCACGGGCAGCAAAUAUGCUUCGCGAAGAGGAGCAGCGUACGGUUUAGCCGGUGUGGUGAAGGGGAGAGGAUUGACCAUGAUCAAAGAGUAUGAACUCAUGGACAAGCUGAAGGAGGCUGCCGAAGACAAGGGAUCGUAUCAAGCCAGACAGGGGGCUUUGUUCGCUUUCGAAACCCUCUCUGCAACACUUGGCAAGGCAUUCGAGCCGUAUAUCUUGAGCAUCGUCCCUCUCUUACUCGCCCUCUUCGGCGAUACCAACGCCGACGUCCGAGAAGCAACCCAAGACGCCGCCAAGAUCAUCAUGUCCCGAAUCUCAGGUCAUUGUGUCAAGCUCAUGCUACCAACUCUUUUGAACGGACUAGAAGAAAAGCAAUGGAGGAUCAAAAAGGGAUCCAUCGAGCUUCUCGGAUCCAUGGCAUUCUGUGCUCCCAAACAGUUAUCUUUAUCCCUUCCGACCAUCAUUCCUCAUUUGACUGGAGUCAUCAAUGAUUCACAUGCUCAAGUGAAAGCGGCCGCCAACACCAGCUUGAAACGGUUCGGCGAGGUUCUCAACAACCCUGAAGUGAAAGCAAUCCAAAAUACACUGAUGAAAGCUCUAGCCGAUCCGACUGCCAAUAUCACCAAAGCGCUAUCGGCUCUGCUCAAAACCUCCUUCGAGCAUUAUCUUGACGCGCCGUCAUUGGCGUUGGUUAUGCCGAUCAUUGAUAGAGGUCUACGACAGAGAAGUUCGGAGAUUAAACGUCGUGCUGUCCAGAUCGUUGGCAACAUGGCUUCUUUGACAGAAUCAAGAGACCUGGUGCCCUAUCUCAAUGAGCUAAUGCCUCUUGUACAUGAAGUCCUCGUCGACCCCGUCCCCGAGGCUAGGGCCACUGCAGCCAAGUCUCUGGGUACUUUAGUGGAAAGGUUAGGCGAACAGAACUUCCCCGAAUUAGUCAACCAGCUGCUUCAUACGUUGAAAUCCGAUACGAGCGGGGUUGAUCGACAAGGCGCUGCUCAAGGACUCUCCGAAGUUCUAUCUGGUCUGGGUAUGGACAGAAUGGAGGGUUUGCUACCCGAUGUCAUCGCCAACACUGCAUCCCCUCGAGCAUAUGUACGAGAAGGCUUCAUCUCCUUACUGGUUUACCUACCUACUACUUUCGGGCACAGAUUCUCACCUCAUCUGGGAAGAAUCAUACCGCCCAUUCUCAAUGGUCUAGCGGACGACUCAGAGUUCGUGCGAGAGGCUUCCAUGCGCGCAGGUAAGAUGAUUAUCGCCAAUUAUUCGAGCAAGGCUGUCGAUCUUCUACUCCCUGAGUUGGAGAGAGGUAUGCUCGAUGGCUCUUGGCGGAUCAGACAAUCGUCCAUCUCCCUCACUGGAGAAUUGCUAUACCGGGUCACGGGUAUCAGCGGGAAGGUGGAAUUGGAAGACGAAGAGGUACCUGCGCACAACGCAGACAACGCACGAAAAGCUUUGCUGGCAGCUCUUGGACCAGAGAGACGAGAUAGAGUUCUUGCUACUCUUUACAUUGUUCGACAAGACAAUGUCAGUACAGUCAGACAAGCGUCUGUCCAUAUCUGGAAAGCACUGGUACAGAACACGCCUCGUACGACAAGAGAAAUUCUGCCGGUACUCAUGCAGCUCAUCAUGGGUCUUCUUGGAGACCUUCAUAUCGAGCAGCAGGAGACCGCCUCCAGGACACUUGGAGAAUUGUGCAGGAAGAAUGGAGAGAGAAUCUUCUCAGAAAUCAUUCCCAUCUUGCAGAAAGCCAUCACCGCUUCGGACGCAGCAACGAAGGAGGGAGCCUGUCUCGCCUUUGCCGAUGUCAUGGCGGCUUCGAACAAAGAGAUCCUUGGCGAUUACGGAGAUGCAAUCAUCUCAUCCGUCCGAACGGCCUUGGUCGACCCCGAAGCAUCUGUCAGAUCGGCGGCUGCAAAGACGUUCGACGCUAUGCAACAUUUCCUCGGAACCAAAGCUGUCGAUCAAACCAUCCCCACUUUACUGGAAGCGAUGCGUAAUCCCGGAGAGAGUUCAGAGACUGCCCUUCAGGCUUUAAAGGAAGUCAUGAGUGUCCGCGCGAACAGUGUAUUCCCAAUACUCAUCCCUACCCUCGUUGCUCAACCCAUCACAGCAUUCAAUGCUCGUGCCCUGGGUUCUUUGGUCAAGGUUGCUGGUACAGCACUCAACCGUCGAUUGGAUACUGUGCUAGGCGCACUUAUCAAAUCGUUAGAGAAUGAAAAGUCGGAAGAUGUGAAAUCGGAAUUACAAGCAGCCAUAGAAUCUCUUCUAUCGUCCGUGACUGAUACUGACGGAGUUCAUGUUCUUGAAUUAUUGCUCAUGGAAUGGGCAAAGGAUCCACGAUCGACAAUACGUGCCAGUGCUUGUCAUGCGUUUGGAACAUUCUGUCAGGUCAACACUGCCGACACUUCAGACUAUCGUGUCGACUGGAUCCGAAUUCUCAUUUCAAUGUUCGCCGACCCUGCUGAAAAAGUCGUCAAUGCCGCCUGGCAGGCAUUAGAUAAUUUCGUCAAGACUAUCCCACAAGACGAUCUGAAAGAUCUCGUUGUCGUUCUCCGUAGAUCUAUCGAGUCAACCGCUAUAUCAGGUGUGGACGUUGCUGGGUUUUCAAGACCAAAAGGUGUUCAAUCUAUCGUUCCUAUCCUUCUUGCUGGUGUUCUUUCGGGAACACAAGAACAACGUGAACAAGCAGCUUUGGGUAUUGGGGAAUUAGUACAACGAACGACAGAAUCAGCCAUCAAACCAUAUAUAAUUCAACUCACCGGUCCGCUCAUCCGUGUGAUUUCAGGAGCAGGUAUCGCUCCUCAGAUCAAGAGUGCUAUAUUACUCGCUUUGACCGUACUGCUAGAAGAGGUUCCUCAGCUGGUCCGACCUUUCCACCCCCAACUCACAAGAACUUUCGUCAAGUCUGCUUCUGAUCCUGCUGCAGCUUCUGUCCGAACUAGAGCAGCAGCUGGUCUAGGGGAAUUGAUGAAGCAUCAAACUCGAGUAGAUCCUCUCAUUACGGAAUUGAUAGGUGGGAUCAAAUCUAGCGAAAAGGAUAUUGCACCUUCGAUGGUACAAGCCCUUGCGGCCGUUUGUAAUAGUGCGGGAAAGAAUAUUGGUCCAGCGGCCAGAACGGCUAUUAUAGAUCUUGUCGAGGAGGCGUUUAUGGAAGGACGGCAUGAAAACUAUAAUCAAGCUAUUGGAAAGGUCAUUGCUGGUUUGGCAAAGAAUGAUCCUGAUAGUAUACGUUCUAUAGUAGAUACCUUCCUAGCAGCUCCCACCCCUCCCACAGCAUUGGUCAGUAUUUCGAUCUUGUCCGUAUUGGAGACAUGUCCAGAAGCGUUCUACGAACUCGAAGUCGUGGGUGAUAUAGCCCGUAAGGUGUCUGCGAGUGUAGCGGUGGAAGGUUCCGCUAUCGCUCGACCGGCAAGAGAAGCGAGGGAGUUGAUGAGGAGUUUAACGAGGUAUAAAGAGGAUGGACAGGUUCAAGGGUUGAUAAGAUGAUUUUGUCUAGUUUGAAGAGACUUUGCAUUGCAUUUGCAUGAUAAAUCUUUUA